GUUGAAAUUUUGAAUAAUUUUUGACACAAAUUUAUUGAUAAUUUAAUUUGAUAUUGUCGGGCAAGUGUAGUGUCGGGUAAAUAUAUUGUCGGGCAAAUAGCGUCGGGCAAUUGAAUGUUGGGAAAAUGUACUGAUCCCAGUAUUUACAGCAUUGGUGAGCGGAGUAGUUGACUAACAUUUUGUGGGAUAUUCUCGCACCACUCCACUGCAUUCACUUAAUCCUUAAAUAUAUAGAAUUAUAUGAAGUAUAUAUAGAAGUAAUAUAGAUUUUAUAGAAGUAAAAUAAAAUGAGAUUUUUUGGAGAACGUACAGAAUUUCCCUACCAUGUUUACAUCCGGACAUUACAUAACGGCAAAACAACACAAUUAUUGGAAUCAUUCCUCUAUUAAACAACUCUUUUUCCCAAUUUUAUUGUUGACAUCAAGUGUUGUAAUUAACGCAGACAACGUAAAUCUGACGGAAAGUGAACCCAGUCAAGAAAUAAACUGCACGAUUUAUAGGUCGUGCACACAAUGUACUGAUGUAUCUAGUUGUAGUUGGGCGAUCGAAAACCAAAUUUGUCUAUAUUCAAAUCAAAGUCUCUCGGAGAAUUACAGAGUGGUUACAAAAGAAUCAUGCCCAGAGUUUGCCGUGACUUUGAAAACCAAAGAUAAGCAUUAUUGGAUACAAGUUACGGUCUCGAAUAUGGCGGUAAAAAGUGUAAACACUUUUUUUAACGAUAACGCGGUCAUUAGUUGUGAAAUAGAAAAUAUAAUCUAUAACGCUUCAAUCAAUAAUGGAAUAAUAUCUUGUAAAUGGGUAAAAGAAAAAAUUAUUUCUCCCGAGAAACGAAGCUGGAUGGACAUCAAUCCAUUGUCUAUUUUUUAUUUUUCAAUCGUUGUCGACAAUAAUGUAAGAUUACAAUUCAACGACCCUCGAGAUCAUUACAUCAGUUAUCAUAGUUGGACCUGCCCCGACGUAAAUUGCUCGAUCGUUUUUUGGGAAAGCGAUUCGAGAAAAUAUUACUGUAAAUGGUGUUUGAAAAAAUACGGUUGUCAGUUAACAGCUGAACCGCGGUACAGUUGCGACGUACGUCACGUGUUGAACAACGAAAGAUUAUGGAAAAACGACACUGCGCUGUCCACGAUCGAAGUAAAAAGUCCCGAAUUGGCGAUCGAAUCUUUCAAUCCGGACGUAUUGCUUUUCAGGCGUAACAUGGCGAUGGUCGUGAGUAUAACUAUAAAAAAUCACAGGAUUUUUGACGACAGCCAGUCGAUAACUGCAGUGACCGUGGCCGGCCAGAGUUGUGUCAACCCGACCACGGUCGACGACCAGACGAUUAGUUGCGUCGUCAGUGAGUUCGACGACGAGAUGAAAGUGCCCGAGGGUCCGGUGCUGGUCGAGUACACGUGGAUGACGACGUCGCGCAAGGUUAGGUUGACAUCAUCACAAAAGUUCAAGUUUGUCAUGCCGAGCUUCACGGGCGUCAACUCGACGUGUGCUCCAGCUACCGGCGGCAUCCGGAUAGAACUGUCCGGUGAAUAUCUGAACGCCACGACUGACGUUCAGGUGUUUUUCCAAAAAAAUGAACAGACCAAAGCGAAGUGCGUGAUCUAUGAGCUAUGGCGUGACCGAAUAGAAUGUGUUACAGUCGUCAACAUCAAAGAAGCCGAGUCUAGUGAGUUGUUGAUCAUGUUCGACGAUAUAAUAGGCAUAAUAUAUUCCGAAAAAAUUGUCACGUAUGUCGACGAUCCAACUGUCCUGGAUGGUCAGGUAUUCGCGGGAAUCGCAUCGGGCGACGUCCCGUUGAUCGUUCGGGGUAGUUUCGACUGUACGGAUAACCAACAGGUGUACGUCGACUACAACGGGGAAAGGCAGUUCGGCCGCUGUGCGGUACGUGACAUCAACAACACGUCGGUGAUGUAUUGUUGGCCACCAAAGUUCGGUAAUCCUGCGCAGGUGACGAGUUUGCCGCUCGGCUUUCGUGUCGAGUUGGCUGAAAAAGUGGUGUUUGUGCAGCAAAAGACGCCCUACUGUUACCUGUUGCACCCCGACCCAAUUUACGUAGAUUUUGAAGUCUACGACGUCAACACAAUUCGCGUAAACGGCGUGUUUCCGGACCCGCUGCAACGCCGCCAAUUGGACGGAAACUAUUUGCUCGAAGUAGCAUUGCUUGUUGGCGGGCCGUCGGACGACGAUGACAUAUUUUGCACUGUGACCGUCAUCACCGAUAAUUACGCAGAGUGCCGGUCACCGUCGGGCACGUCGUUUGUCGAUGUCCUAGAUAUCGUUAUCGUACUAGGGGGCAAACAAGCGACACGGACCGUAGUGCACAGAAGACCCAAACAGAAUGAUCAUGCAAUGCUUCGGUUGCUGAGACCGCAAUAUAUCGUCGGCGGUAUUUCAUGUUUGCUGAUAUGCGUGUUCGCGCUGAUGUUUUGCGUAAAGAAAAUAACGAACAGCUCUAAGCGACACGUACAUAGGCAAAAUAUAACCGAACUACGAAACAUCACCGCCGGAGUAGAUGAAAGCGAUGACUAUUUAUUGGAUUCGAAUACCUGAAAUAGAGUAAAGACUUGAAUACAGACAAUACAGUAUUGAGUAAAGUUAGAAUUAAAUAAAAGUAAAAAAAAAAAAAAAUGAUUUGUUUUUGAUUUUAUAAAAUAACGUGUACAUUAAAAUAUUAUUGAAAUAGUUAUGAAUUGUGAAUGAAUGCUUUGAAAGUGAGUUUGUGUUGAGCAAGAUUUAUAUUUUUACUUGAUAUUGUGAGAAUGCGUUGUAUCAAUAUGUAGAGUUGAGUUUUUCAGUGAUACAUUUUAUCAGAUUGAAAUUGAUCUUCUGUGUUGUGUGGUGCGUUUUUAUGAAGUCAAACGCAUCGUCAUCAUUAUUUAUGCUCUCUUGAAUUCUUGAUGUAUUUUUAUUCUUACGUAGAUACACUUCUCUUAUACUUGUAUGUUUAUAAUUUUGAAAUGCUGUUAUUUAUUUAUUUUUAUAAUGUAUUAAAGAGAAAUAAGCAGUCUAGUUUUA